AUGUCACCACGCAACGCAGCCCAGGACGAAGUCCCGUGUGCAGAGUCCGAGGAAGCCAUGGAGGGAGAAGGAGGCGAGGCGGCGAACAGCGGCUCUUCCUCGUCGUCUACCCCCACUACUUCUCUGCCACCCCACCAGGAGCCGCCACCGUCACUGCCGCCGCCAGGGGCUCCAGACGUGCUGCCGCUAGACCACACGUUGCCAGACCUCUUGCGGCAGGUGGCUGGCACGGAGGCGCUGCCCGCGGUGCGGGAGCUGAAGCUGCGCGUGAUCGCCCGCGAGACGAGCCUGCAGCGCCUCAGCCUGUACGUGCCCGCGCUGCGGGAGCUCAACCUGGACGGGUCCUGCCUCUCCUCGCUCAGGGACCUGGGCUGCGGGCUGGGCUCGCUGCAACUGCUGCGGCUGGCUGGCUGUGGAUUGGACUCUCUGGAUGGCACCAGUGGACUCGCCGCCCUCAGGGAGCUCCACGCCCCCAACAAUAGGGUCUCAGAAGUCAGCCCCGCCGCCUUCCUGCCGCGCCUCAGAGUGCUCGACUUGCGACGGAACGCGGUGUGUGAACUGGCCGGGGUCGGCUUCCUGGCCUGCUGCCGGCGCCUGCAGAGCCUCCACCUGUCCGGGAACCCGGCCGCGGCUGUCAACACCUACCGCAGGGACGUCGCGCGGCUGCUGCCCAAUCUGCCCCAGCUCGACGGGCUGCCUCUGCAGCAACAGGAUUCAGAUUCCGACGACCACGGAGACAGCGGAUGUGACGGAGAUAGCGACGGAGGUGGAGAGCGUGCUGGCCAUGGCGACGGCGGUGGUGGGGAAGACGACGCACUUACGGACCAGCUUCUAAACGAGGAGGGGCGCACCGACGCAGCUACGUGCGCAGCGGACGCCGACAGCACCGCGGCCAGCGCAGGCGUCGUAUCACAGAGGCGGCAGACGGGCGGCAGCGGUUCUGGUGUCCGGCCACAGACGGCGACGUCGGCCGCGCUGGUACUCGCCAAGCCGCAGCCGGCGGGCAGCCGCGGCCCGGCCAGAGGACAGCGGCGUCCCUUCAGCGCGGCGCCCUGCCUACCCACCUACCAGCGGCUGCCAGACGAAGGCGGUGUCGCAGCGGCAGACGGAGAUUCGCCCAGCGCUCUGACGUCUGGGGGAGUGGUGUGCGGCAACUUGGCAGCCGCGCUCCGCAGCAGGCGCAAGGGCGUGCGUGGCGCAUGGCAGGAGAAGCCCGAGGCGGGUCCUUCAGCAGGUGGAGAGGCAGCUGACGUUUGUCCUCCGAGGACUGGGGGCCUGCUCGAGGCGUCGAGACGAUGGAGGCAGCUGUACGCCUCGUACCGCUCGCAACACAGAUGA